GGGAGGGAGAAUUCAGGUCGAGUAAAAGAAAGUCCUUCUUGAAAGUCCGUCUUUCCUUCAAAAGGGGUUUCUAGCUCGCACCACUGCUUGAAAACAAAACGUCCCGGGCGGUUCUCCCCCCCCCCCGCUGGGCAGAGAGAUCCGCGUAUUGCAUGCAGGGGGUCGGACUAGAUGACCCUGGGGUGUCCCUUCGAUUCAGCGCCGACGGUCGCCUCAGCGCGGUUUGUUCCCCCUGUCCCUGCGGCGUGCGACCUUCCUUCCUUCCCUCCCUCCUCUCGGGCGAAGGAGGGCUUGGAGGCGGGAGGCGAAGAGCGGCUAGGUGGCGCUUGGGCAGGAUCGGGGCGUUCACCGGAAGACGGCGGAGUAGGAGGAGGCUUUUGUUUCGUUCAGGGCUGCGCUGGUCUCCCCCGUCUCGUGAGGGAGAGGAGGACUCCGAGCGGUGCCGGGCCUUAACGGGUGGCGGAAGCAGCAGUGGCAGCAGCAGCGACCGAACUUUCAUCUCCGUUUUUAACAAAGAGCACGAGUGUCUUGAUUGUGGUGUGUCCAGAAUACCAGCAAGACUUCAGUAGGAGUGUAGAGUGCUUAUGAAGUAACCUGAACUAAUUCCCGAUCCCUUCCAUGGAUCCUUUGGGGGCUCCUUCCAAUUUUGUGGAUAUUGAUGGUUUGCAAGGCUGGACUGAUCUUUAUGUGGCAGAUCAGUUGAACUCUCCAAUUCCAGUAGAAAAGACUCAAGUUGAUGCUUGCUCACCCUUCCCAUAUAGGAAAGACAUCAGUGCAAAAAUAAUAUUAUGGAGGGGAGAUGUAGCAUUGCUGAACUGCACAGCCAUCGUGAACACCAGCAAUGAGUCUCUCACCGACAAGAACCCAGUGUCUGAAAGUAUCUGCACACAUGCGGGACCUGACCUGAGGGCUGAGCUACAGAAGCUCAAAGGCUGCCGGACAGGAGAAGCAAAGCUGACAAAAGGAUUUAAUCUAGCUGCCCGUUUCAUCAUUCACACUGUGGGUCCCAAAUACAAAAGUCGAUACCGGACAGCAGCAGAAAGCUCCCUGUACAGCUGCUAUCGCAACAUUCUGCAACUUGCAAAGGAGCAAGCAAUGUCCUCAGUCGGAUUCUGUGUGAUAAACACGGUGAAACGAGGUUACCCUUUAGUGGAUGCUACCCACAUAGCAUUGCGAACCGUCCGGCGAUUUUUAGAGGUUCACGGGGAAACCCUUGAAAAAGUGGUGUUUGCAGUGUCUGAACUUGAAGAGGAUACUUAUCAGAAGUUGCUGCCUCUGUAUUUCCCAAGGUCUCUAGAAGAGGAGAAAAAGUCCUUUCCGUUCCUUCCUGUUGAUAUUGGCAAUGCUGAAGGGGAGCCAGUCGUGCCAGAGCGUCAGAUCAGAAUUAGUGAAAAGCCAGGUGUUUCUGAGGAUAAUUCUGAUGAGGAAGGCCUGGAAGCAGACUUUUCAUUUAUUGGUUCCCAUGCUUUUGCCCGCAUGGAGGGAGAUGUUGAUAAACAGAGGCGUCUUAUCCUUCAAGGGCAGCUCUCAGAGGCAGCACUACAAAAGCAGCAUCAGAGAAAUUACAAUCGCUGGCUUUGUCGAGCAAGAGCGGAAGACCUGUCUGAUAUUGCGUCCCUUAAAGCUUUAUACCAAACUGGUGUCGAUAACUGUGGUCGUACAGUAAUGGCAGUGGUUGGAAGGAAUAUUCCUGUAACUCUAAUAGACAUGGAGAAGGCACUCUUGUACUUCAUUCAUGUAAUGGACCACAUUGUAAUGAAGGAAUAUGUCAUUGUGUAUUUCCACACACUCACUAAUAUCUACAAUCACCUAGAUUCCGAUUUCCUAAAAAAACUCUCUGACAUUGUUGAUGCCAAGUACAAAAAAAAUCUGAAGGCCCUGUACUUUGUCCAUCCAACAUUUCGCUCAAAGGUUUCUACAUGGUUUUUCACAACCUUUACGGUCUCGGGACUAAAGGACAAAAUCCAUCACGUGGAAAGCCUCCAACAGUUGUUCGCAGCCAUUCCACCCGAACAAAUUGACUUCCCCCCAUUUGUUCUUGAAUAUGAUACUAGGGAAAAUGGAUCGUAUUAUUCCUAUCCGUCUUCUCCAGACCUCUGACUCUGCAGCUCUGCGCUUUCUGCUUUCCCAACCUCAUGAGAUGCUGCUUGCCAUACAUGCUGAGCUGACCCAGCCUAUUCAGAGAGAUCACAGAGAGGAGUUUCCUCCCACCUCUGCUAUUUUUUUACAACGGUAUUUGCAAGGACACGUGCAAUCUAAACUCUCGUCGCAAUGUGCUGUGUAUUUAAGCAUCAGUCCAGUGGAAAAGUUGAUUUAUGAACAUGAGCAUAGAUUCCCCCACCUCUUGAUUUCAAGGGUUUCUCUCCCACCCCCAAUUAAUGCCAUUUUCCCAAGAGAUCUCUGAACCGUGUUGGAAUCCGAUCUCUGCAAAGUUCUCAGCAAUUCCUUCAGUUAUGUGUGUUAGAGUGGUUUGGAGGAAAAGAUACAGUAUCUGUUUAACAAUGUUCUAAGGUCUUCGCGCUUUGAGUCCACCCUCAGUGGUGACACAGUUACAGAAUUCCCUGUAGAAAUUUCUGCAAGGCACUGUUGCAAGUCCCUACAGCUAUUACAAAGUUAAGCAUUAUAAAUGCUACUUAGCUAGGAAUCUGACGGUCUUGUCUUUCUUUUCUGGAUGAUGUGAGAUGUAAGGAUGCUGCUGCUUUUCCACAAAAUAAUAAACCUGAAGGACAUAUCAACAGUGCCUCCUGUAGUUCAUGCUACUUGUACACUUGAAAGAACAAGAUGUGUAAACACCCAUUAUCAACUGGACUAUAUAAUCUCCAUUAUGAUGCAGAUUUUUAAUCAUUAGGAGUAAAAUAAUGCAACUUUUAUUUUGAAAAUAAAUUAUUUGGUAGUGGCCUUGUAGAACUGAAUCUAUAACUUUUCUUGCAGAAUGUUACAGCUUUCAUAGUUGCUUUAUCUGCCUUCUUACAUUUUUGAACUGGUGGAUCCAACGAUUCUCUAAAUACUUAACCUCAGAGGAAGUUUUAGAUGAGACACUGGCUGAAAAAGGCGGGAGGAUGAAGAAAAUAUUCGCACAUGAGAAAGCAAGUGAAGUUUGUAGAAAGCAGAGAGGUGAUAUGACCCUGGUUGGAUUUCAUAUUUCUAUAAUAUAAUCAGCCACAUUCCUUGCUACUAUUUUCUACUCUGUUCUUUCUGAUUUGAGAAGAAUUACGCCAUAUGAGAAGAUGUGCACCAGAUAAAACUGCAGUAGCUUACUCUGGUUUAGAUACAAGGUACACAGCAUGGGUAUGUUAAUGGAUACAUGCCUGCAUGACCCACUAAACUGGUAAGCAAAUGCAAUUGAUUCUCAUUUAAAAACAAACCUCUAAGAGGUUCUGAAAAUACGUCUCUGCUGUUUCAAGAUUCAGAUUCGCUGAAAAACUAGUAAAAGCAGUGGGCAGAUUCUGAAGGAAACUAACUCAAAAGGUAGAACUGAAAUUAUUUUUUUGCAAUGUGGAUAGAUGGAAACUGAGUCAGAGACAAACCACAACACUUCAGUAUCUGAAGCAGGAAAUUCAAAGGAUGCCACUACCCUGACUUUUUUAAAAAAAGGGGGGGGCAGAGGAGACUCAAGGUGACUUUACAAAAUGAAAAUUCAAUACAUAGAAUAUUUCUUUAACACUGAAGGUGAUUCAAACAUAAGAUAACUUUUCUCCUUUCCCUGCACUGCUCUCAAUACAGUACUUGAAAGCACAAAGACUAAACCCCUAUUAUUGAAAGAAGUACAGCAAGGGCUUAACACUAGAAAUGCCCAGGAGGGGUGAAACAUCUUCACCUGGCCCGAAAGAUGAUGUUGGUGCCAAGGGAGCCUUCCUGGUCCACCGCUGCAAAGCACACUCUUGUCACAUUCAUCCCGACUGCUGCAAAGCACGACACUAAAUUAAAACCAUUUCAAAUAAGCAAGAGUGAGAGAACAUGGUCACAGCUUGCAUCCAAUUAAAUAUCAAAGGUAAUUGUGUGGAAUCGGAGGUGGUAUUUCUGUAUGACAAAUGAGCAUUCUAAUUAAAUGAGCAUGCUCCCUUUUAAUGAAGAAAACGGGAUUCCGCUUCAUCAGAAAUGGUUGCAGAGUGCUGAAUAGUUUGCAUUUUGUGAUGUAUGGGUGUCACUGAGAGUUCAGGAAUCAGAAAAGGAUUGUGCACAGGACACAGUGGGCUUGGAGAACAUUCCACCAUCAAACACAUAGCAGAGGUUAAAUACACGAGCUCAUGCCACAUUGAUAGAAUUAAUUUUAUCCUGUUUAUGGGUUCCCCCCCCCAGUUUUAUA